AUGACGCCCCAAUUCUACCACCCUCAUGCUCCCUGCGAUAAAAUCUGCCAUUAUGAACGUUCCCUACGUCACCGCUAUGCAAGGAAAGACGUGUCUGGUCACUGGUGCCAGCGAUGGUAUCGGCUACGUCGCCGCCCGCGAGCUGGCUCGUAUGGGGGCCCGCGUCAUCUUGGUGGGCGUAACGCCGCCAAGACCCACGCCGCCGUGGUGCGGAUCACCGACGAAACGAAGAACAAUGAUGUCAACUACCUGCUAGCGGACUUGUCCUCCCAGCGGGAGGUGAGGCGCCUGGCUGCCCAGGUCAAUGAACAGUUGCCACGUCUGGACGUGCUGCUGAACAACGCCGGGGCCAUUUUCCUGUCAGGCCCCAGCAGCGUUGAUGGUCUGGAGAUGACCUUUGCCUUGAACCACAUGGGCUAUUUUCUCUUGACCAGCCUGCUCCUGGACCUCGUCCGGGAUUCCGUCCCGGCUCGGAUUAUCAAUGUGUCGUCCAGUUCCCACGGUUCGCCGGGGAAAUUCCAGCUGGAGGAUCUGCCCAGGCCGGGAAUCAAUCGCGGCUACCGUGCCUACGGCCGCUCCAAGCUGUGCAACAUAUUGUUCACCUACGAGUUGGCGAGGCGGCUCGAAGGCACCGGCGUCACCGUCAACGCCCUGCACCCCGGCCUGGUGCGCACCAACAUCGCCCGGAACAAUGGGAUGGUGGGCCGUGUGGUCAACUUCUUCAUCGGCGCUCGCGGCAUUGGUGCCGACAAAGGUGCCGAUACGUUGGUAUACCUCGCCUCGUCCCAGGAAGUAGAGGGCGUGACUGGCAAGUACUACGUGGACCGGAGAAGUGCCGUCUUCCGCGUUGAGUUACGACAUCGGGCUCUCCGCCGGCCUGUGGGACUUGAGCCAGCGGCUGACGACGUCGAAGAAGGUACAAGAGUAGGAGGAGCGGCGUAUCCCUAA